CUAUGGUAAAACAAGGAUUGAUAUUAUUGAUGGAGAUGUUGAUAUAAAUAGAUCUUAUACAUUUGGACCUCAUCAUAGAUAUAAUCCAUACUCUCAAAGAAAUCAUUUAAAAGAAAGAAAAAAAUACUUGGACAUGUCACCCGAGGAAGAUCUUGACAAGAAGGAAUCAGUAGUGUCAAAUAUCUUGGUCCAGUUUAAAAAUGAAGCUGGUGAAAUUAGUAGUUCCCCUUUUGAUAUGCCAGUAAAUGUUACUACUCAACAGUUACAAGUUAUCUGUAAUGCAGUGCUUAGAAAAGAAGAACCAGUUCCUUUCCUUUUCUUUGUUGAUGAUGUGCAAAUUAAAGAUAGCUUGGAGAGCACAUUGAAAGAUAAACCUUCAAAUACGGAAAAAAUUCUUGAUAUUGUGUAUGCUGAACAAGCAGUUUUUCGUGUCAGGCCUGUCACUCGAUGCACAAGCUCAUUGUCAGGGCAUGCUGAAGCUGUACUUUCUGCAUCUUUUAGUCCGGAUGGCCGAUACUUAGCUAGUGGUUCUGGAGACACUCUUGUGCGAUUGUGGGAUGUGAAUACUGAAACACCACAGUAUACUUGCCAAGGUACCAAACAUUGGGUCCUGUGUGUUUCUUGGUCACCUAAUGGAAUGAAAUUAGCAUCAGGGUACGAAAAUGGCGAGAUUUCGAUUUGGAAUCCUGAAACUGGGAAGGAGUUUGUCAAACCAUUACUUGGCCAUAGUAAAUAUAUAACUGCAGUUUGCUGGGAGCCUAUCCAUUUGAAUGCCGAGUGUAGACGAAUAGCCAGUGCUUCAAAGGAUGCAACUGUUAGAGUUUGGGAUAUUGUAACACGCAAGCUGCUUUUUGUUCUUUCUCAUUGUGAUUGUGUUACUUGUGUCAAAUGGGGUGGCACUGGGUUGAUAUAUUCUUCAUCUAGAGAUUGCACCAUAAAAGUUUGGAAUGCCAGCAAUGGUAGUAUUUACCAGACUCUGGGUGGUCAUGGACACUGGGUCAAUACUAUUGCUUUGAGUACUGAUUAUUUAUUGAGAACAGGACCUUAUGAUCCAAGUAAAGCAACUUGUGUCUACAGAGAAAUUACUGAAACUGCUGAAGAGUUAUCUGAUAUUGCUUUGAAGAGGUAUAACAGCAUAACAAAAGGUGAACCUGAAAUGUUGGUUUCUGGGUCUGAUGAUCACUCAAUGUUCCUAUGGACUCCAAUGAAAAAGAAAAACAAACAUGUCGAAAGAAUGACAGGACAUCAAAGCUUGAUUAAUGAUGUCAAGUUUUCACCUGAUAUGAGAAUAAUUGCAAGUGCUUCUUUUGACAAAUCUAUAAAAAUAUGGAACGGAAGAACAGGAAAAUUUAUUACAACUUUGCGUGGACAUGUGCAAUGUGUUUAUCAAAUUGCUUGGUCUGCUGACAGUAGAUUACUUGUUAGUGGAAGUGCUGACUCUACUUUGAAAGUGUGGGACUUAACAACCGACAAAAUAACAGACAAAAUAAAACCGCUUGAUUUGCCAGGCCAUGCUGAUGAGAUUUAUGCUGUUGACUGGAGUCCUGAUGGACAAAGAGUUGUUAGCGGAGGAAAAGAUAAAGUAAUCAAAAUAUGGCGAACGUAGAUGCAUUCCUAAUCAGCAAUUCAUUUUAAAACAUUGUAAAUAUAUUUUUUUGGAAAACAAUAAAUUGCAUUGUAUUCACUUGUUGCUCAUUCCUGAAGCACUUUGCUGGAUAUUUAUAGAAAAGA